CUUGGCUGUCAACGAGACAGGUGUGGAGCGACACAAGUCAAGUCAAAAAGUGGCUGUUCCACGUAAUGAGCGCAGUGUAGCUGGUUGGGCGAGUGUGGGAGGGGACGCUUCGACAUAGUGAAGGGUGUUUGGACACAGCAGAGACUCGGCACUCACAAGCGGACAGCGGUGGAUCAACACUUCGACGUUGAGCCGACUUUCUGGCAGCGGUGUUUGAUUGGAAGUCGCCGACAUGUCACCUGCCACCACGAAGAAGAGCAAAAAAAGCUCGAUCGUUAGCCCGGUCAAGCAAACGAGCAUCAACUCGACAGAAUUGACGUCUCUGAUCGAGAAGCUGCAGAGGAAUGCUGACAAAGUGGAGAAGAACAUCUACGAUGUGGAGGAGAACCUCAAUAAGGAUGUAAGUAAGAUCAAUGAGGGCAAGCAGCCGCUGUAUCAGGAGGACACCAACAAACGACUCCUCAAUUCUCUGACGCUGCUCGUCGGCCUGGAUGAAGAUGCUGUCAAUGCCAAGCGCCUUCAGCAUCCUCAGGCAGAGAUGAUUGAACAAGACAUGAAGCAGCUGCGUGAGAGAGUGAAUAAGCUGAGAGAAGACCAUGACCGCAUCUACCAACUUCUCCGCACUGAGGGGGUGCCCACCAUCAACUGGGGCAACAUGAUGGAUGAGAAACUGGCGAAUCUGAGCAACAAAGGCUUUGGCCAGGAUCUCCCAUCUGUAGAAAAUGACGUAGAGGAGCACAACAUCUUCCAUAGUGAGGUUGAGGCUUUGGCUCCUCACAUUUCUGCCGGUGGUGACAAGGAAUAUGUCAGUGGCCUCCAGAUGAAGUACAACAAACUGCUGGCCCUUUCCAGCGAUCGCCAGCGCCACCUGCUGAGCCUGCGUGACUACAUGCAACGCUGCACCAAUGAGCUUUACUGGAUGGACCAGCAGGCUGAUGAGAGAAUCAACUAUGACUGGAGUGACGGCAACCUUGAUUACCCUGCCCGCCAGAGGCAGUAUGAGAACUUCAUCAGCAAAUGUUUGGAGUCCAAGGAGGGGACGAUCACCAAGCUCAAUGAAGAUGGAGAAAAGUUGAUUGCGUCCAAGCAUCCAGGGGCAAAUGUUAUUGAGGCUCACAUGGAGGCAGUACAUGCUGACUGGAAGGAGUAUCUCAAUCUACUCAUCUGUGAAGAAAAUCAUCUGAAACACAUGGACGAGUACCACAAGUAUCACAAGGAAGCACGUGACACCCAGGACCUGUUGAAGCGACUAGACACGGAGGUCAAACAGAAAUACAACCCUGAGUUCAAAGAUGUGUACCAGACGGAGGGUCUGAUCAGAGAGCUUGAAGACCAAUCAAAGGCCAUGGACCACUUUGAUGAGCGGGUUAAGGCUCUUCAGAAGCGUGGCCUGCAAGUUUUGCCUCUGAAGUACAGACGGGAGAACUCUCAAAAGCUUCUCCCCGUUGAGUCUCUUUGCGAUUUUGACACGGAUGAGGGGCAAAUUGUACGUGGGAACAGAUACACGCUGCUUCGCAACAAUGGAACCAAGUGGGACGUGAAGGACGCAGCUGGCCAAAAAGUGUCUGCACCAGGCAUCUGUUUCAUCAUUCCCCCCACAGACCCUGAGGCAGUGGCCCUCGCUGACAAUCUGGCGGGACAGCAAAAUUCUCUCAAGCACAAGAUGGGAGACAGCAAAGCAGCACUGCUGAAGCGCUUUGAUGAGCUGAAAAAAUCCAGUGGCAGUGCAGACAAGCAGGAACAACAAUGUCGCCAGAUGAUGGCUGGACUAGAUAAGGUUGCCAGAGACUUGGAAAUCCAAGAGAGGGCCGUUCAAGCUCGAAUGCGCCCACCACUGGAGCUGAAGAAGCCGCUCCAGGAUAGCGGUGACCGCCUGCAGGAUUUGAGGGAUAUUGAUAUUGCAGUUCAUAGAAUCGAACCAGAAAAGACCUCCAGAGUGAAUGAAGCAAAGAACUUUUUGGUCUCGAAUCCAACAUGUCCCAGUGCUCCUUACCUUCACAGUAAAGCAGAUGAUAUCAACAGGAAGUACAACAACUUAGAGCAGCUUCUUCAGUGCUCUCAUGAAAAAAUGAAGAAUUCAAACCAGCUCGAGGCUUCACUUCAAAAUGGAAAGGCUUGCUUGUCCGGCUAUGAGAACAGGUUGGCCAGGGAGGAUGUUGCUCCUUCUGACUUAUCCUCGUUGGAGAAAACUCAGCGCGAGCUUGCAGAUAUUGCCUCAGAUCUCAGGGCGAAGAGGGCAGUCCUCAAUGAGACUGAGCAGAACCUGCGUUUGGCCAAAAAUAGUGCAGACCAAAUGGCCAUAAAAUUCCAAGAGCAUUGCCCUGACAUUGAGAGGCAGGAAGGUGAUGUCCACAAGCUAAACAAGCGCUUCAACAUCCUCAACAAUCAGCUCGACAUGAGGUCUCAAAGUUUGCAGAGGGCUAAGAUGUCACACAAUAAUUAUCGCAAUGAUUAUAACAACAUGAACAACUGGCUUGCUCGUAUUCCAAACUAUGAGCCAUCUGAAACUGAUGACAUCAAGCAACUGGAGAUCAAACUUAAGAAUCAGAGGAACUUGCUCUCUGAAAUUGCAAGAAAAGAAUCCGACAUGAACAAUCUCUCCAAAAAUUGUCGACUUUACCAGCAAGCUAUCAAAGACUACGAGACUGAAACUGAGAAGUUCAGAUCCAUAUUAGACCUCGAUGAUGGACUUGUACCUCAGACGUACAAGCGGAGCCGAAUGGAAUCCCCUGCACUUAUAGUCAAAGCCGAGGAAGCCGCUAUUGAGGCCAAAUAUACUGAGGUGAAUGCUUUAAACAAGCAAAGACUACAAAAUCUCGAGUUCACCCAUAGCCUUCUGAACCAGCAACCAGAUAUCCCUUUGAUCCAGUCUUCAAAUGUCCAGUCAGUUAAUGCUGCAGCCCCAGGAGGGGAUCUUUGGAGAAUUAAGAAGCAGUUGCAAGAUGAGAUCCAGAGAAGAGAACAGUUAGAAAAAGAAAUUGAGUUAAUCCAGACUGAAAUAUAUGUCCUUGAAGGACAGAGGCCUCAGGAUACCAUUGUGAAGAAGGAGCUAAUCAAAAAGGUUCCUGAUCCUCAGCUUGAUGAGGAACUGUACAAGGUGCAACAGAAGCUUUCAGAGGAACGCCGGGUUACCCAUGUUCUGGAGAAUGACUUAGAGGUACUAAAAUUGAGGCUGCGUGGUCUUGAAACCGAGGUCAAGGAGGGAGCACAGCAAUAUAUGGUGAAAGAGGUUCUCAGAAUCGAAAGAGACCGUGGUCAGGAAGAGGAGAUGCGCAAACUCCGGGAAGAAUUGGAUGAGCUCAGAAGGCAGAAGUUGAUCAAAGACAACGAGAUUAUUCAGAUACAAAAGCAGUUGACAAUUCUAGCUGAAGAGAAAAAUAAAGAGCAGGAAGUUAUCAAAGAAGAGGAAGUCAUAAAAGUACAAAAUGACCCCCAACUUGAAACCGAAUACAGACUUCUCUUGAACAGGAGACAAAAAGAAGUUGACGCAAGGAAGCAAUUGGAAGAUGAAUUGAAAUUUCUUCAAGAGAAACUCCGUAGGCUGGAGAAGGAGAAAGCAAUGGCUGAGGAGAAGGUUUCCAUUAAAGAGGUGCUUAAAGUAGAGAAAGACCCUGCUCUGGAAAGGGAGGUGGAAAACCUUAGGAGGCAAUAUGAAGAUGAGAAGACCAAACGGAGAUCAUCCCAGCGAGAAAAAACUGACCUCCAAAGAAAAAUUGCCAGUCUAGAGGAGGAGAAGUCCAAGGUUGUGAUCCAAGAGAAGAUGCGGGAAAUUGUCCGUCCGGACCCAAAGGCCGAGAACGAGGUAGCCAAUCUCAGACUUGAACUUGUAGAGCAGCAGAGGCGCUAUAAAGAUGCAGAAAUGCAGCUUAGAUCUAUGGAGGAUGAACUGACCAUGCUCAAGAACAGGGGACCACUUGUGGAGGUCAAGGAGAUGAUCAAAGAGGUCAUCAAGUACAAAACCGAUCCACAAACUGAAAGAGAACUUGAGAGACUUCGCAAUGAAAUAGUUGACAAAACUCACCAAACUGAGAAAUCUGAGAUGGAGAUUCGCCAACUGAAUGACGAAAUUCAAAGAUGGAAAGAAAUGAAACCUCAAGUGCAGACUAAAGAGGUUGUCAAUGAAGUGCUGCAAUACAGAGAAGAUCCAAAAACUAAGGAGGAGGUUGAGCUCCUUAAAAGGAAACUGGCUGAUGAACAGUCCAAACGUCUCGAACUUGAGAGAGAAAGAUCAUCGCAAGAGGAAAGGAUCAGACUGAGGAAGAUCGAUCUGUCUCAGGUCCGUGAGAAGUUUGUUCAGCAGGAAGUGGUCAAGAUGGAAGAGGAUGCUGUACUCCGUUCAGAGUGUGAAACCUUCUUGCAAAACAUUAGCAAUGAGCAGAGACAGAAGGAUACUCUGAAAGCAGAGCUCUAUCAACUGCAGAGAUUGAAGGCUGACUUGGAAAUGCAGUUGGAAGAACUUGAGCGUGAACGGAGGUUAAGACGUGAAGCUGAAUUGGAGAUCCAAAGGCUUCGGAUCAGACUUACCGAGCUGGAGCUGCGCGACAAAGAAAAUCGCGAGAAGGUGACUGUCAAACAAAAGGUGGUCCUGCAGCAGGAUCCCCAACAAGAGAAGGAACACUCUAUUCUCAGACUUCAGCUGGAUGAAGAGAAGCAUAAACGCGUCUUGCUUGAGAAAGAAUUGAAUGCGCUGAUCCAGCAGCAGACCACCUUGGAGAAGAUGGAUGUGAAAGAAAGAAUUGUUCGCACUGAGAAGGUCCAGGUUGAGAAGGAUCCAGAGGCUGAGCUUGAGAUUGAGAACCUCAAGAGGACUCUGGAGGAAGAGAAAAGGAGAAAGAGAGAACUCGACCAAGAGUUGCUAACUGUCACUUCCAGGCUCUCCGAAAUUGAGUUUUCCAACACCAAGUCAAGUAAAGAGCUAGACUACAUUCGAGAUGAAAGUAGCCGUUUGCAACAUGAAAACCAAAGACUACAGAAUGAAAUUCGCAAGCUUCGUUCUGAGAUUGAGAUCACCAGCAAAGAGACCCAGUUUAUCACUGAGUCCGCACCAAGAGAGGAUGGCAAGAACCUGGAGUUGAGGCUUGGCUCUCUACAGAGAGAGCUUGCAGAGCUCAGAGGCAUCACCAUAAAAAAAGAUGAGGAGAUAGAGAGGCUACAAAAGAGCUUGUCAUCUGUUAGAAUGAAGAGAGAACAGAGAGAGAGCCAUCUGCGAAGGUCUAUUGUCGUUAUUGACCCAGACACAGGGAAAGAAAUGCGACCAGAGGAAGCCUUUAAACUGGGACUGAUCGACUGGAAGAUGUUUGUCAACCUGCAGAGCCAGGAAUGUGACUGGGAGGAGAUCACUGUCAAGGGCCCCAAGGGAGAAUCAUCAGUACUCCAUGAUAGGAAAUCUGGGAAAAAAUUCUCCAUUGAUGAUGCUUUGAGUCUUGGUCACAUCACAAAUCACCAACUUCAGCAGUACAUGAACAAACAAUUAACCAUCCAGGAGUUCGGUGUAUUGGUGUCGGGAAAGAGCAAGUAAAUCGAUCCACAAAAGCAUGUUUGGUUUCAUGCAAUCACAAUACGAUCGUAUUGUUCCAUUGUUUAAAAUAUGUUUGCCUUUUAAUAGCUUCUGACUUUGCUUUUGUGGUGAACUGGAAAACACUUCCUUGAUUACAAAAUGCACUAUGUACUUAUUAUGUACUUACUUAUGACACUUUAUGGUAUUGAAAUGAACAUGCAGUUACAACCAAAUUAAAUUACUUUUAAAUAUGGUCUCGGGAGAAUGCCAAUUAUUGAGCUAUAUUUUCCUACAUUGGGUACAAGGGUAUGCAAAACUUAUUUCUUUGAUUCCCCCUCCUCCCCAAAUAUAAUGCAUUUGGACACUGUAAUGUUUCCAUUACUUGUGGUAUUUUACAGGAAAUAAAAUGUAUACUAUGUCUAUCCCGAAAUAAAGUCCAGUUAAACUGAGAA